UUUGCCAGCUGGGCGGUUCCGAUAUUUAUUUUUAUAAUUUUAAAAUCAAAAUAUUUCCCUCAAAGCAAUAUAUCAAUCAAUUAUAGUUCUUGCCAUUAGGGACAUAUAUCACCACAUUUAAUGUUCGAACCAGUCGGAGCUGAGGCGUGUUCUUCCCACAUAUUUAGACAUACUGCAGAGAGGAGCGUGCAGUGAGCAGGAGCGCAGGGCCAGGGGAGGGCUCUAUAUGGCAAAGAGUCACCAUGAAGGUGGAUGCCGACGCCAGGGAAGCGCCCGCCGCACCGCCUGCCGCAUCCGGAACGCCGAUCGCUAGUAAUACAGAAUCACCUGUAUCAUCUCUGGACGAUUACCGGAUAAUAGAAUCGACUAGUGAAGCAAUUCCGACCACCGAUCGGGCAUUGCUCGCCAAGCUGGAGGAGGAGAACAGACGCAUCGAGGCGGACGCCAAGUGCCCCUCGCUGACCACCGUGCACAGCCGAAAGAGCUCAGAUACCUCACAAGUAUCUUUGGCUUCGGCAACAAGCUCAAGCCAUGACGCGGAGGCAAGAGUCAGCAGUAGCAGCAACGGUGAGGAAGACCUUUGGAGUCUCUGGGGUCGCAUCGUCAGCAACUGGGAGACUGAAUGGAAGCGCCGCAACCAGUUCGUGCGAGACCUCGUCAGGCAGGGGGUCCCGCACCAUUUCAGAGGCAUCGUGUGGCAGCUGUUGGCGGGAGUCGACACCUCCCCUGAGAAGAAACUCUACGCUUCAUAUAUAAAAGCGAAAUCAGCAUGUGAGAAGGUGAUCCGCCGCGACAUAGCGAGAACAUACCCUGAACAUGACUUCUUCAAAGAGAAAGAUGGCCUCGGCCAGGAGUCGUUGUUCAACGUGAUGAAAGCAUACUCUCUACAUGACCGGGAAGUUGGAUACUGCCAAGGAUCUGGGUUUAUCGUUGGCUUGUUACUUAUGCAGAUGCCAGAAGAAGAAGCGUUCGCAGUACUCGUAAAGAUUAUGCAGCAACAUCGUAUGCGGGAUAUGUUCAAGCCGAGCAUGGCUGAACUGGGACUGUGCAUGUUUCAACUCGAGAACUUGGUACAAGAGCUACUGCCCGACUUACAUGUACACUUCCAGUCGCAGAGUUUCAACACGUCACUGUACGCCAGUAGCUGGUUCCUAACUCUGUUCACAACCACGCUGACCUUGCCUCUUGCUUGCCGAAUCAUGGAUGUGUUCCUAUCCGAAGGAAUAGAGAUAGUCUUCAAAGUAGCGCUCGCUUUGCUCACCGUGGGCAAAAACGAUCUGCUCUCUUUGGACAUGGAAAGUAUUUUGAAGUAUAUACAAAAGGAAUUGCCGUCAAAAGCGGAAGCUGACCAAGAUGUGUUUAUGAACCUCGCGUAUUCUAUCAAGGUUAACCCGAAAAAGAUGAAAAAGCUCGAGAAAGAAUACACAGUUAUCAAAACUAAAGAACAGAGUGACAUUGCCGUGCUGAGGUGCCUGCGUCAGGAAAACCGGUUGUUGAAGCAGCGCGUAGAACUUCUGGAGAAGGAGAGCUCUGGCUUGGCGGAGAGGCUGGUGAGAGGACAAGUGGACUUGGCUGAGGGGGAGGAGGAAACGUUCGCAUUGGCCAGGGAGGUGCAGGCACUGAGGAGGGCCAAUGUGGACGCUCAACAGCGCUUGGCAGUAGCACAGGAUGAGAUCCGCUCCCUUGAGAUGACUAUUGCUGAGAACAACUCCCGGCAAUCAUCUCUAGAAGGUAUGGAGGGGGGUAGCAGUCAGAAAGGAGAGGAGCUGGCUCGUUGCCUACAAAGGGAACUGGUUAGAGCGAGGCUUCACGCCGCCGAACGUGAGGCAGCCGAGAGGGAGCUGACCGCCCGUAUAGCUGAACUGGAGAACGAAAAUAAGAGCUUGAGGAGACAGCGGGUUGAUAACAAUGUGGCGCAUUUGCAGGACGAACUAAUCGCCGUAAAGUUGCGCGAGGCUGAAGCGAAUUUAUCACUGAAAGAUCUCCGACAGCGCGUGACCGAGAUCUCUGAGGCGUGGCAGCGACAUCUACAAGAGCAUAGACAAGAGGUGCCAGCGACGCCGGUGCAGUCGAACGUCGUGUCCGACAUUAUGGCGACGCCUAAGAAGCUACUGCGAGCUUGGGAAGGCAGGUCCGCUGAUACGCAGAAACUUGAAGAGGAUCUGAUGACCACUAGGAUACGGGAGGUCGAGGCACUGACGGAGCUUAAAGAGUUGAGACUGAAGGUGAUGGAACUCGAAACCCAAGUCCAAGUGUCGACGAACCAGCUCCGCCGUCAGGACGAAGAAGCCCGUCUGUUACGAGAGAGCCUCGACGCAGCGCUGCAACGCGAGCGAGUCUUGCAGACCAGGCAGCGAGAGUUCCAGCACAAGUAUGCUGAUUUGGAGAGCAAGGCGAAAUACGACUCCAUGCAAGCGAACAUUCGCAAUAUGGAAGACGCUCAAAGAAUAGCCGAGCUGGAAACUGAGGUGUCGGAGUAUAAAUUAAAGAAUGAAGUGAUGGCCACAGAAGGCGAACUUCGCAACAACAUGGACAGUGACACGGACCGAGUUCGCGAGUUGCAGGAACAAGUCGCCGAACUAAAGGCCGAGGUCAUGAGGCUAGAGGCCUGGAAGUCGCGGGCACUGGGGCACACGGAGAUCAGCCGCGCCGUCUCUUUCGAAGACGACUUAGAGGAGGACGAGAAACUUAAGCUAAUUCUACGACGCGAAUCUUCCACUUCCCUCGACCUAUCCGCUAUGUCCCGGAAACCCACGUAACGAAUACCCACUCUAGUGUUCGUUUCCCUUACGUGCUGUCUGCACUCAUUCUCUCACUUUUCUGUGUACUUAUUAGUGCCUUUAUUCUUUCUUCCUGUAGAACGCGUAAAAUCAAUGUUCGUUCUUUUCAUUGUUCAUUACAUUAGUAUUCGCUUAAUAUAACAUCGUUUAGUGUUUCUCGUACCACUCAUCUAACGUCUGCGUCAGGACCCCUGUCACAACUCUCCGAUCCUCUCGAAAUACAUAUAGAGAGUUGCUACCUAAUUGCUACCAGCUACCAUUAGUUGCUACCAAUUGCUACCCUCGUGGUUUUGAAGAUAUUCAGAAUCUAAAGGUGACAGCCAUUCUGAUAUCAGGAUGGCUGUCACUUUUCCAGUGUGAAGAAACCGCUCAAAAGUAUUGUUUUCUUUUUUCACCCAGAGUUGCUACCUAAUUGCUACCCUCCAGAAUUAAAUUUUGGAUCACAUCGAUUACGUGGAUAAAAAGAUAUAAAAAAAUGAGUUUUUGCGCCUUUCCAAAAUAAAUUAGCAAGUUGGCAUACACAAGUUGAUAUGACAGGUAGAUUACAGAUAGCCUAAUUCAAAGUACCGCUUCGUAUUGAACUGUAAACUUGCUAAUUCAUUUUUGAUAGGCGCAAAAACUAUUUUUUUUAUAUCUUUUUAUCCACGAAAUCGAUGUGGUCCAAAAUUUAAUUCUGGAGGGUAGCAAUUAGGUAGGAACUCUGGGUGGAAAAAACACAAUACUUUUGCGCCGUUUCUUCACGCUGGGAAAAGUGCCAUCCUGAAUCAGAAUGGCUGUCACCUUCAGAUUCUGAAUAUCUUCAAAACCACGAGGGUAGCAAUUGGUAGCAACUAGGUAGCAACUCUCUAUAUGUAUUUCGAGAGGAUCGGAGAGUUGUGACAGGGAUCCUGACGCAGACCAUCUAACGCCUACCAUUGACCGCGGAAUUCUCUUAUUAUGUUAUUCAGUAGUUGUGCUAGACAUCUUUUCGAACGAUUGUUAUGAAUAAAACAUAGUGAAAUAGCUA